CACUAUUUUGACAUUUUAUUUUAGUCAAUCAGCCAUUUUACCUCCAUACACUUCAGUGCGAUUAUUCCAUUAUUAUGGCAGCGAUUUUAAGCCAUAGCGUACGCCGUUAUUUAGCCACAACGGCUGCAAAAAAUGCUGUUCGCGUGGAAGGCCCAUCGGCGGUUUCGGGAGGACAUGAAGGUGGAUUCAAGAUGUGGCGUAGCUUAUCUUUCUUCGUAGCUUUCCCGGCGAUUGCUUUAUGCGGAGUUAAUUGUUAUAUUACCCACGAACACCUUGAUGCUCCCGAGUUCGUUAAAUACGAUCAUUUACGUCUACGUUCGAAGAGAUUCCCGUGGGGCGAUGGACAAAAAUCUUUAUUCCAUAAUCCCCACACCAACGCAUUACCGGAUGGUUAUGAACAUUAAAUUGCAUUGAUGUGGUUAGAAAACAACAUAGAAAGUUUUGUAUAUUGUUAAGUUGAUUGAUUUAAUUAAAUAAAUUAAAUACUAGAUGUAA